AUGACAUUAUAUGGUCGUUUGCUUUAUGCAUGGUUACCAUUGCUGGUAUUCUUGUUACAAGCAUUUCACGGUGGAUUUGCACACAGCUACUACGAUGACGACAACAAUGGCGGAUAUGAUCCAAAUGCUCUUUGUUCAGAAGACCCAAUUACAUCUGCAAUGGUAUGCACCUGUAAUGCUGGUUAUACUAACACUGGUAGCGCCGACAACGUUGUCUGCACAGAUAUGCAAUCGGCAUCGGAAGAUAUACCCACAGAUACGGUAUCGGCAUCGGAAGAGAUACGCACAGAUACAGGAUCGGCAUCAGGAGAUAUACGCACAGUUAAUAUUCCUGCUAAUGCUAACUGGGCACAGAAUGGAGUGACUAUCGCUGGAGGUCACGGGAAUGGGGGUACCACUAAUCAACUCAACUACCCUUAUAAUGUCUUCGUUGAUGAUGAUCAAACAGUGGUUAUUGCUGAUCCCGGGAAUAAUCGUAUCAUGCAAUGGAAGAAUGGUGAUACAGCGAAUGGACAACUUGUUGCUGGUGGCAGCGCCGCAGGAAAUGGAUUGAAUCAAUUGAAUAGUCCAAGAGAUGUAUUAAUUGACAAAAAGACGGAUAGUCUCAUUAUUUGUGAUUAUGGGAAUCAACGAGUUGUACGAUGGUCUCGUCGUAGUGGUACAACACAAGGUGAUAUACUCAUAAAAGACAUCCACUGUUGGGGAUUAGCAAUGGAUGAGAAGAGAUAUCUCUACGUCUCUGACUGGAAAAUGGAUGAAGUAAGACGAUAUCAAUUAGGCGAGAACAUUGGCACUCUCGUAGCUGGUGGUAAUGGAAAAGGUGGUGGACUCAAUCAACUCAACGAACCGCAUUAUCCCUUUGUCGGUCGAGAUCAUUCAGUGUACGUGUCAGACUACAACAAUCAACGUGUAAUGAAAUGGAAUAAAGGUGCAAAAGAAGGUAUUGUAGUUGCUGGAGGACAAGGUGGAGGGAGUGCUCUUACACAAUUGAGUCUUCCCUAUGGAAUCUUCGUUGAUACGUUGGGUACACUCUAUACAGCAGACUGCUACAAUAAUCGUGUAAUGCGUUGGACUCUAGGAGAAAAUAAACAAGGCACUGUAAUUGUAGGUGGAAAUGGCUAUGGAGCAGGAGCAAAUCAGCUCGGCAUCCCCACUGGUUUGUCUUUCGAUCGACGUGGUAAUCUCUAUGUCGUCGAUAAUAAUAAUAAUCGUGUUCAACGAUUUUCUAUCGAAUAA